UACACUAUUCGUAUAGUAUCCAACGACCGUGGAUUUUCUAGUUAAAAUAAUCAACAAUUUUAUCUACUAGCUAGAUUUUUUUGGUGAUUUAAUUUCAAUUAAUCUGAUCUAGAAGCACACCAAGCCUAUAAAUAUAAGAGGCCAAUAUACUAGCUAGGUAGCCUCAAAUAAACUUGCAAAUCAUAAUCGGUUUUUCCUACUACAUACCCUAUAAGUUCUAGUCUAACCAAUCAAACAACUUACAAAAAAAUAGGGUUUCAAGUUUUCUCUCUUGCCAUCUAUAUAAAGUCAGUCUUACAACAUGACAAAGAGUGUUAAGAAGAUCCCGAUGGUGACCAUCUCUCGCUUCAUGCAGCCUCCAAGGUUUCAGGACCAAGUUUUUAUCAACUUCCGAGGAGAGGAAAUUCGCUAUAGCUUCCUCAGCCACCUUGUUGCCGCUUUUAAACUACACGGAAUAAAUUUCUUCAUUGACAAAGACGAACAGAAGGGAAAAGACCUUAAGCACCUUUUCAAAAGGAUCAAGGAGUCGCAGAUUGCACUAGCAAUCUUUUCCGAAAGAUAUGCGCAGUCCCGAUGGUGCUUGAACGAACUGGCAAAGAUGAAGAAACUUGCAAGGAAGGGCAAAUUAAAUGUGGUUCCAAUUUUCUACAAGGUGAAGGUAAAUGAUGUGAGACAUCAAGAGGGAAAAUUUGGUAGCAACUUUUGGAAGUUGGCAAAGACUUCUAGUGGUGAGGAAAUCAAGAAGUGGAAGGAAGCUUUGGAGUUUUUCUCUAACAAGAUGGGCUUGACGUUAUGUGGCAAGAGGUAUACUCUACAUGAUCUUUCUUUUUAUCUAAGAGUACGUACAUAUAUGUCGAAAUGUCAAAACAUUUACAAUUUUUUUUUUCGUGACUUGUGAGUCAAGAAAGAAAAGCAUAUAACACGGACACUACGCUCAAG